ACUCUCCGGAAAGAUACCAAAAGGAAGGGGAAAGAGACAUCAACUACUAAGUCUAAAAAUGUCACUGGUGACUCUGAUUUCGAAGAAGAAACUGAGCAUCCUAAAGGAAAAAAAAGUAAGGUUGCGAUUGGUGAAACAUCAAAGAAGAAGAAAGUCCAGCAAGCCCAAAGAUCAAAGAAGAAGAAGAAAAAUAACUCAACAAAGAAGAAGAAAUUAAGGCGCGCCUAAAUGACACACAAUUGAAGAUGUUUAGGGAUUCCCCUUUUGGGUUAUUUCUGGAUUUGCCAACCUUGAAGGUUCAGCCACAACUACUUCGAAGUCUGAUGUAUGCCGAGACGGAUCAUGAUAGGGAUGAUAUGUUUAUCAUGAAGGUCAAUGGGAAAUUGCUCCAUUUCGGCAUUAGGGAAUUUGCCAUCAUAACUGGUUUAAAAUGUGGCAUGGACAGCGAGUUUGUCUCAGACCCUGAUUCCUCCAACAGGCUGAUGACUAGGUACUUUAAUGGUCAAACUAAAGUACCGAAGACCAUGUUGGUUAGUCUCUUUAUAGACUUUAAAGAGAACAAAUCGUUGAUUGAGGAUGGUGAUGUUUUUAAGAUAGCACUACUUUACUUUAUCAGCACUUUCUUAUUCUCAACUCAAAGUAACGUAGCGUUUGUCACCAAGUUACAUUUUGACUUGGUUGAGAGUGGAGAGUACAUGAAUUAUCCCUGGGGCAAUGUUUGCUUCAAAAAUCUGUUGUCUUCGAUUAGUCACAAGUUGGUGAACAAACCAACUUACUACAGGUUUGGGGGUUUUCCGCUGGCUAUUCAAGUAUGGUUUUAUGAAUGUUGUUCGAAGGUAGACCCUACGGUUGCAAAGCGUAUUGGAAACGGCAUCCCCCGUAUUUUUAAUUGGCAAACAACUUCGAAUACAGUCUACUUUAACCAUUUGAAGACGGGGAUGUUCAAAACCUACAGCAAUCCGGUAAUACUACAAGCUAACUAUUUUUCAUACAUUAAUAAUACACAUUUCAUACACUGUUUUUAUUAUAAUGCUAACUGGUCAGCUUCUACAUGUAUUUUUGUUGGUAGCUGUUUUUUACCAACAUUCUUGAGAAAAAGAGAACUAUCAACUUUCUCCACAAGAGGCUUUGGUCGAUGA